CUGCUAGAUUUUGAAAGCAUCCUGAGAAUGAGAUGGAUUCACCUGAGAAACUGGAUAAGAACAGCUUAGUGGGCAUCAACAAAAGCAAGCUUGGUGUAUGUGGCUGGAUCCUGUUUUUCUUUUCCUUGCUGUUGAUGCUUCUUACCUUCCCCAUCUCCAUAUGGAUGUGCUUGAAGAUCAUUAAGGAGUAUGAACGUGCUGUUGUCUUCCGACUGGGACGCAUCCAAACUGAUAAAGCCAAGGGACCAGGUUUGAUCCUGGUCCUGCCCUGCAUUGACGUGUUUGUCAAGGUUGAUCUCCGAACAGUUACUUGCAACAUUCCCCCACAAGAGAUCCUCACAAGAGACUCUGUGACCACCCAAGUGGAUGGAGUCGUCUACUACAGAAUCUACAGCGCCAUCUCAGCGGUGGCCAACGUGAACGAUGUUCACCAAGCCACAUUCCUGCUGGCUCAGACCACUCUGAGAAAUGUCUUAGGGACACAGACCUUGUCCCAGAUCUUAUCUGGGCGAGAAGAGAUCGCCCACAGCAUCCAGACAUUGCUUGAUGAUGCCACUGAGCUAUGGGGAAUCCGUGUGGCCAGGGUGGAGAUCAAAGAUGUCCGAAUUCCUGUGCAGCUGCAGAGGUCCAUGGCAGCUGAGGCUGAGGCCACCCGGGAAGCCAGAGCCAAGGUCCUUGCAGCCGAGGGAGAAAUGAAUGCCUCCAAGUCCCUGAAGUCGGCUUCCAUGGUGCUGUCGGAGUCCCCCGUCGCCCUGCAGCUGCGUUACCUCCAGACCUUGACCACCGUGGCCACUGAGAAGAAUUCCACCAUCGUGUUUCCCCUGCCUAUGAACAUACUGGAGGGCAUUGGUGGCAUCAGCUAUGACAACAAUAAGAAGGUCCAUGCUAAAGCCUGA